CUCGGGCGGCGCCGAUGCCGCGUCAUUUGUGAGGCCCGACAGCUUUGCCACGCAGUCAUAUGUGCAAGAUGUCCGAGCGGUCUGUUAUGUACUUUAUUCUGUGCCUUCAGAUCCUAAAUGCCUUCGUCGACUUAAUUUAUGCAAGUGAAUCAAACGCUGAUAUAAAAGUGGAUAUUUUGUUUGUCCCAGAAAACUGCACCCAGAAAACAAAGAAGGGAGACUUGCUGCACGCACACUAUGAUGGAUAUCUUGCAAAGGACGGUUCUCAGUUUUACUGCAGUCGCUCCGCCAAAAACGGCAGUCCGCACUGGUUUGUUUUGGGUAUCGGGGAGGUGAUAAAAGGUCUGGAUAUGGGGCUAAAAGACAUGUGUCCUGGCGAGAAACGAAAAAUCACAGUACCUCCCUCGUUAGCGUUUGGGGAGAAGGGGAAAAAUCCUGUACCACCCAAUGCCACUGUGAUUUUCGAGGUGGAACUGUUGCAUGUACGCCGUGGUCCUCACAGCAUGGAAGCCUUUAAAGAAAUGGACAUUAACAAUGACCAGACCCUGACGAAGGAAGAGGUGAAAGACCACUUGAAGAUGGAAGCGAAGAAGAUAAAUGUGCAGAAAGAAGAGUCCUACUUUGAUGCUGUGGUUACAGAUGUGUUCUCCAGGAAUGACAAGGACACAGAUGGAACUUUGUCACUUCAGGAGUACAACGUCUAUGAGCAUGAUGAGCUGUAGCCACCAUUAGAAACUACACUUACACAUUUUCACGUGUUGGUGCACUAGACAUUCCUAAGGAGGAGGGGUCUAAUAAAACACCACUAUUGUGACACACACUUUUAAUAAACUUUUAAUAAAGUGUUUUUUUGGGGGGUUUUUUUUUUAGUAAUUGUGUUUGUGUAGCACAGUCAACACACUUGUACGGGUUGUGAAGGGUUUGAGCUUAAAGAACAGUGGAGGUGGUACUAGGAGGGUCACUGUACUGCAGUGUUAUCACCUCUGGAGGACAAUAUUAUCUGCUUAGGUGUCAUCCAGCAAAGAGUCCCCUGAACUCUGCAGUACUGUUUUCCUCCAGGAACGUAGCCUCAUUGUAUAGGAGCUAUAAAUUUGAUUUUGACAUUUCAGUUAAUGACUGACAUCCAAAAAGCAAGUAGAGAGUUCAAAUGAGUAUCAUUAACUGAUGUAUGUCACAAUGGCUAAAUAUAAAUAUUUUUAAAUAUGU